UUGAAGACUAAGACAAAACUGUCGUCCUCCCCUGUCCUUUGAAAAUGGUACCGCCUGAAGCUCAAAUUCCGAGAAUUGAGCUCUCUUGAUUCUUAGAACUGGGGUUCUUAGAAGUGGUGAUGCAAGAAGUUUCUAGGAAAGCCCAACCAGAUUUUAACAAAAUGGCAUGUGCAGCAGAUAGCUGCAUUCAGUUCAUGCGCCAUGCAAGCGAUGUGCUGUUCAACCUGAACCGACUGCGCAGCAGAAAUAUUCUGACGGAUGUAACCAUUCUGGUCAACAGACAACAGUUCCGUGCUCAUAAGACUGUUCUCAUGGCGUGCAGUGGGCUGUUCUACACCAUCUUUACGGAUUCUCUCAAAUGCAACCUGAGCGCCAUCAGCUUGGACCCCAAGGUGGACCCUGAAGGCUUUGCCAUUCUGCUGGAGUUCAUGUACACCUCCUGUCUCACGCUGAAGGAGAGUCUGAUCAUGGCCACCAUGAACACUGCCGUCUACCUGCAGAUGGACCACGUGGUGGACACCUGCCAGAGGUUCAUCAAAUCCAGGGACUCUUCAAUGAAGCUACCCAGAGAGGAUUUUUUGGGGAGCCCUUUGCUUUUCUCUCAGGACGCCCACAACUACAGGGCUCAUGAGGUUGUGGAGAGCCCACCCAGCCGUGCCGCUCCUUUCAGUGAUGGCAGAGCUUAUUGUCCAAGCGUGUUCGGUGCAGUUAAUGCUUCCAGCAACUCGUACUACCACUACAGCCACCUUCCGGUUCAGGGGUUCCCUUUUCCGCUCGGAAAGCUGGCAGAUCCCAAAACGUCCCUCGCAGACCUCCCUAAAGGGGGUGCAGUCCACCAGAAGCACUGCGGGCCACCUGAGAGCACCACUGUGGAGCGGGCAGAGUAUACCAGACCUGGGGCUGGCAACACUUCUGGUGUCUGCCACAUGGCAUCCUUCUCAUCCAGAGAGGUGGCCCGGGAGGAGGCGGUCGGGAAGGAGACCCAGGGGUGUAUCCAGUCCAUGGGGCUGAGCGCCAGGAAGAACAGUCUCUCGGGCGUGGACCAGGAACACAGGGAGAUGGGCAAAGAGCCCACCCCCAGCGAGGAGGAGGAAGACAUGGGCCACCACCAGCACUACUCCCUGAAUGGGCGCAAGGGUGUCCUGAGCAGCCCGAAAAGCCCUCUCAAGUCUGAAUGCCAGCCCAACUCCCCCACUGAGUCCAGCAGCAGCAAAAACGCACUGGCCCAGGCUACGCCCCGCUCUCCAUCUCGCACCCCGUCCCGUUCCCCUCCCACUCAGGGCUCACAGGACCCCAAGGCCCGGAACUGGAAGAAGUACAAGUUCAUCGUUCUCAACUCUGCCAACCAGACACCCAAAGAGAACGAAGGCAGCCCCCAGGAGGCAGAAGCUCACUCCCCACUGCACCUCGGCUCUCCGUCCUACCUCCAGUCCAGUGACUCGGAGCAGAUGGACCUGCAGCCGGCAACCAAGAUCAACAGGCACAGCGAGGAGCUGCUCACGCCACAGACCAGUCGUCUCAACAACAUCAUCAGCAGGGCCCUGGAAGGAUCGCAGAGACAUGGCGACAGUCACUCCCUGUACAUGAGCCAAGGGAAGUGCUCCUCCUGUGGCACGCCGUCUCCCCAGCACUCCGAAGUGUGCCCCAACACUCCGGGAUCGCAGUUUGGAGAAGAGCUGUCCGAACUACACUCGGAGUAUUCCGACUCCAGCUGUGAAAACGGUACAUUCUUUUGCAACGAAUGCGACUCAAAGUUUUUGGAGGAAGAUUCCCUAAAACGGCACGCACUUCAAGUACACAGCGACAAGCCAUACAAGUGUGACCGCUGCCAAGCCUCCUUCCGCUACAAGGGCAAUCUCGCCAGCCACAAAACUGUCCACACAGGAGAGAAACCAUAUCGCUGCAACAUCUGUGGUGCUCAGUUCAAUAGACCAGCUAACCUCAAGACCCACACCCGCAUCCACUCAGGAGAAAAGCCAUACAAGUGUGAGACGUGCGGUGCUCGCUUUGUACAGGUUGCUCACCUCCGGGCCCACGUGCUGAUCCACACAGGAGAGAAGCCGUACCCCUGUGAGAUCUGUGGGACACGUUUCCGCCAUCUGCAGACGCUCAAGAGCCACCUACGCAUACAUACCGGAGAAAAGCCCUAUCAUUGUGAGAAAUGCAACUUGCACUUUCGCCACAAGAGUCAGCUGAGAUUGCACCUUCGGCAGAAGCACGGAGCCAUCACCAACACCAAGGUUCAGUACCGCAUGUCCACUACAGACCUGCCAACCGACGUCAACAAGGCCUGUUAAGCAAAAUCCAUAGUGUGAAACCAUGGAAGGUCCUCACUUUGUACAAUUGUCAAAAAUUGUAGUGCCACACUGUUGGAGGGGAAAGAAAAAAAAAAAAUUUCAACUUGGGCAGGGAAUGCUAACUUAAACGGGUUUCCUCUACAUGUGAACGUAGAACCAGAUGCGGUUAUGAUUUAGUCACUUUAUUGUCUGUGUAAUAAAUAUAUACACAAGUGGGCAUGGGUAUAAGCUUUCUGACAUGUAUAUAAAGCUUUAUUUUGGUGAAAAAUAUGUUCUGUUGACAUUGAAAUCCAGUUUUUAGGAUACAGCAUUUUAUAUCAAAUUACUUUUUAAAAGUAUAAUACAUUUUGAAGGUUGGUACAUUUUUUUAGGGUACUAGUAUUUUUUUGGCAAAACUGUACAAAAUUCUGAAAAUCCAUAUAUAAAUUUUAAACCUAUUCCCCUUGUGAAAAUAAAUUCUAAAACAUUUGAGAUUUUAAUGUAUUUUGACUUGACCCCAUAAUCAUUAUCAGUGCUGCUUAUUUGAACAAACAGAUUUUGUUAAACUAUAAGAAAGAAAAAAAGGAAGCAUGAGGGUGACUGCAGUUAGCAAUCCUAAUUAAGGUGUAAGUGUUCCGUGACAUAAUAAAUGUACAAUUGCAUCCAAUCAGGUUGCACUCUGCUGGCAGAGUAGCUCUGGAAAUUGUUGAAAAUAUGUAUUUUAAAAAGGUACUGCUAAUGCAUAACCAAGAAAAUAUUUUGUCUAAAACUGCAUUCAAAUGUAUUUGUACAGUUUCUUUUUUUUUUUUUUUUUGCAAACAAAGGUUUACAGGUAUUAUUGUGUUAGAAGGUACAGUAGGGUGUAAUAUAUUGUCCUGUCUUUGUACAUACACUGUGUGUCCUCCAGGUGCCUUUGAGGUGACUGCAUUCUUUUCUAUUAAGCCCAGUUUUAAAAGGUACGAUUCAAGGACGGUACUUGUUCCUUUUCAGUUCAUGCUUUUCUUCUACCUGUAAAAACCCUGCAAAUGCAACAUUGCCUGAGUUGUAAAUCUUCAGGAUUUGUUUUGGGAUUGGACAUUUUUUAAACUGAAUAAAAUGUAUUGUAAAAUAUAGAUGUAUGAAUGUAAAAUAAAAGUAAUGAAUUUCUAUGUAUUA